CACCCAGCCUGUUGGACAUUUCAACAGAAACUGCCUUCAGUCUUUCUCUAUUUCUCUCUCAGUGUGGAGACAAAAAUGAAGAUGAUGCUCGCUGUGGUUGCCUCCCUGUUGCUGAUUCUCCCGUUCCAGGCCAAAGCUGAAUCAUGUAUUGACAAAGAUGUGGAUGUCUGGGUGGCAAGUGGCCACGGUCUUACAGGAGAUGGACUUCUGAACCCAGAUCCCUAUGUUGUGGUGAAAAUUGGCCCCGUCAAGAAACAAACCAAGGUCAUUUACUCCAAUGACAAUCCAACUUGGUGGGAGAAGCUGACGUUCCCUGAAGCCAGCAGCGACAUGAUGACAGUAGAGGUCUGGGACAAAGACUCGAUCACCGCUGAUGACAAAGUGGGAACCUGCACGGAACAACUGGUCGCAAGUCAAUCUUUUCAAUCAGUUGAGUGCAAAAUGAACAGUGGCAGAAGUUUUGUCAAGCUCUUCUACAAGUGCACUUAAUGUCACCUGCUCUUGAAAAUGAAAGAAAAUACUCUUGCUCAUUGAGAUUGGUGGUAGAAAAAUGCAACUUCUUAUGGAUUACUGAUGG